AUGUAUGGAUAUCUGCUUUUUAUCUCACCUUAUGUGCAUUCAUAUUCACGAACUCAUCGAUUUUGUAAAUCUUCAAGUAAUAAAGAAGUUAAAGUUGACGAUCGAAAAAUUAUAAAAGGAAAUGGGCAAAGUGUUAAAUCGGUUAUUACUGAAUGUUUGUCAGAUUCUCGUUGUUCAUCAGUUCCUUUCGAAGAUACUUCUUUACAACGUGUGACUACUGUUUCUACUUUGCAUAGAGAAGUUUUGCUACCUGGAAAUCUCUAUGCUUCCACGUUUAAAACCGUCUCCAAAGGAACAGAUGUGCCUUUAACUUCAAAUUCUGCUCCUUCAAAUGACAAUUCUGCUAAAAUCAUCGAGCAAAAAAUUAAUAAAAGAGCUAAGAAUGAAACCAUACUCAAGAAAACAACGAAAAUUAAAUCGAGAACUGCAAAUGUAAAAGUGAUUGAUAACGAUUACUAUAUUAAUAAAAAUAUAUUCACCAGGAGACGUUUGUCUUCAUGCAAUGGUUUAUUAUGCAAUUUUGAAGAAAGUGCAUUAAACGGUCGUUUAGAACCUGUUACAUCUUUAGAUGGUUUUAGUUUACAAAUUGCAGCUAGUGAUACAGCUCAUUCACCUCAUCUUACAUUACCUGCUACCACACUUUUUUUUAGUAUGCCUGAUGAUGAAGCACCAUCACCUUUUUUGGCUGUCUGUUCUUUAGAACAUAUGCGUAGAGGUUAUCGAAUACCCAAGAAAGGCUUUCUACAAGCGGUGCUGUUCAACCCUCAGGGUACAGUGGUUCGAAUGUUCUUGAUCAAAUUUGAUGUCAGUGAUAUGCCACCUUCGUCACAUACUUUUCUGCGUCAACGUACUUCUUUUAUGCCUACAGCAUAUUUGAGUAAUAAAAUGUCUCGCUCCUUGCUAAAGCAUUUAAUACACUUAAGUUUGGCAACAGAUCGCCGUGGACGGUUGUAUAUUCAUAAUGACAUAAAGAUGUUGUUUUCUCAGAAGAACGAUUUAGAAAUCUUAAAUCUUGAACUGGGUAAAAAUGUAAAUAACUAUCAAUUGCAGUCUUCAACAGAGAUGCCCCAGAAUCCAAAAUAUUCUCCAUACUACUGA